GGACGAAGUUGGACUAGCGAAGUGUGUCAACCGGCCAUAUGAAGGUUCAGAUUGGACAGCAGGAGUACUCGACACUUGUGGAUGAUGGAGCUGAGAUGAAUAUCAUUCGUGAGCGUUAUGCCAUUGAAGCUGGGUUGAAGAUCAACCGAGAUGACUAUGGGUUUUUGGUGGGCGCUAGCGGAUCAACCCCAUUCUGCGGGACAGCUAGUGGCGUUCUCCUCACGGUCGGAAAUGUCAAAUUCCGGUCUUAUUUCUACGUGUUACCUAGGGUGGAACAUGAGGUGCUUCUGGGAAGGGCGUUCCUAUGUCGGUCGAAAAGCAUCAUCAUUAACAGGCAUGAUGGAACCAUGUUUGUAAUUCUUUGCGAUCCUGUCUGCGGUUAUUACGAAGUGGUCAAGUGUGCGAACACUGGACCCUAUUGCUCGCGGAACCAGCUGAACCCGGAAUCCUAUAGCUUCCCGGAGUCAGAAAAGUUGAGACGGAAAAAGGAAUCAUUAGGGGAGGAGCCGAAUGCUCGUGAGUUCUCACUGACCCUGCCUGAUAUUGGGCAGGCAAUCGAUUUUGUGUUGACACAUGCGGCGAUUGAUCCAAAUGUGGUGCAAGCCUUGACGGAGAUCAUCACGGGCACCGGAAUUGUAGGAACUAUGCGCCUUGUUUACUCCCCGUCGGAGGGGAAUAAGGGAGAAGAUCAGGAAUUGCCCUCCACUCGACAGGGUCCUUUCUUAGAGGACGCAUGCUUGACACUGGCGCCAAACACCGUUGGAAGGAUGUCGUAUAUCAUGAACUUGUUGGUUCAUGAGAAUCGCCUGAGGUUAAUGAAUGCGGAGGAAGGAGGCAGUGAGGUCAAAGAAGCGUUUAAGGAAAAGGAGUACGAAGGGGAGUAUAAAGAGAUAUGCAUGUGGUUGAAUGGGGAAUUGGAUGAAAGCGAGGUUGAUCCGGUUGUGCGAGAAAAGAGCAAAGGAUUUGUUGUUCGUGAUGGUCAUCUCUUUAAGAAGUUUGCUGAUGGUGUCCCAAAGACGGUGGUAUGCGGAACCUCCAGACAGUUGGAUGUGAUUGCUGCUCUACAUGAUGGGGUAGCCGGCGGGCAUAGGUCUGCGCAGGUAACUCUGAACAAGAUCCAACGUCUCUAUUUCUGGGAAGGGAUGAGCAAGAUGGUGAUUGACUUUUGUAAAUCUUGUUUCCCUUGUCAACAGAGGUCUAACAUCCACUACCUCGAGCCUCUAAAUCUGUGUUAUGUGGCAGAACCGGGUGCAGUGGUACAUUUGAAUCUCUUGGUAAUGCCACCCGGGAUAAAUGGGUACAGAUAUAUCUUUGAUGCACGAGACAGUUUGAUUGGGUUCGUUGAUGGUCGUGCCAUUCGCGAACGUACUGGGUCAGUCUUGGCGGAGUGCAUUAAGGAAUAUUACCUCCGUUAUCCAUUUAUUCAAGAGAUUGUUAUGGAUCGAGGAGGCGAGUUUCGAGCAAAGGAGGUGCAAACGUUUUUGAAGAGACUUGGGUUGGUUCUGACAUUUGUCUUAGGCUAACAAAGAAAGUUGUAAAGUACUACUAAAAGCAGUGAGAUUGAAAGGUUAUCAAUGAGAUUGAAAGGUUAUCAACGAGAUUGAAAGGUUAUCAAUGAGAUUGUGACUCCUGUUGUUUUGUAAUAAUGGAUUUGUGCCUUACUGCCGUAGGCAAUUGUAAGAUGACUAUGACAUUUUUCUCACAAUUGUCGCUAUGCAUAAGAGGUAUUGAAUACUGUUUGUAAAGUAAAAGAGUGAUACCAAA